AUGAACACUUUGAUCUUUCUUUUAUGUUUCGUUUGCUGGAAUUUCCCAGCAGCGUAUUUGCAUUCAACACCACCUAAUUUCACUAAUAAUUGGUCUGACCAAUGGUUUCAGCAAAAGCUGGACCAUUUCAGCAACACAACAGAAACAUGGAAUCAAGUAUAUUAUUAUAACAUACAAUAUUAUAUCUAAAUAUAAGGUAUCAUGAAAAUAAUAUUUUGACAUUUUUCAGAGUUAUACAUUGAAUGCAGAGUACUAUGAUUUCAAUGGUACAGUAUUCCUAAUGAUAGAAGCUGUACAAGAAGAAAUCAUGGAAUCUUAUUUUCACCGAUUAUGGCUUGAAGAAUACUGCAAAAUAUUCGAUGCAUUCUGUAUACGACUCACACAUAGAUAUUAUGGUGCAAGUCGCCCUACAAUGUAAGAGAAAUUAUAGUUUUAGAUGCAUAUGGCUAUAUUUUAAUUGCACGAAAAUUUUAAUUUAUUUGAUUUUAAUAUUAAUUAAAUUUUAGUUUCAUCCCUUAACUUUUUUUAUAAUUUAGACCAAUAAUUGAAUAUGGAUAUAAUACUUUAGUUUGGGUAGUAGUAUUCUUCGAAUAUAUCAGUUUAAUGUAUACAAAAUAAUAGGUAAAUACACAAAUUCACUUAAUAGCAAAACAAAAUUCCAGAAUAGUCUCAAAGUUAUACUUUUGAACUAUCUUCCAGUCAACUUUAGUCUAUAGCCACUUUUAAUGAACAAUGAUAUACCUUCCUAGUAUAGUAGUAGGUAUACACAAAUUAAUAUAUAUAUAUACCUAGUCUUUUUCUUCUUAUUAAUCGACAUAUCUUUGCUUGCACAAGUGAUGGGAAUUUCUACAUCCAUAUACAAUAAUUUCCGGUCACUUUUUCUGUAGUCAUGUAAAUGAAGAUCAGGAAAAGACCUUCACAUAUAUUUAUCAAUAUAUAUUUUUAAAGAUUUUUUUUUUAAUUUUAACUUUUAACUUCACGUGUUAAAUUGUUUUUAAUUGUUUUUUGUUAUUUUUACUCUUUUCUUUAAUAGGUACCUAUUUAACUUAAUAGUUUACUGGGUAAAUUAUUUUGGUUGUCUAGCAUAACUUUGAGUUUUAUAAUAAUCUCCAUCUAGUAGCGCAACAAAGGGAGAGUUUUGGGUGUCUAGACACCCAUCUAUAUCCAUGUUUAAGCAACAUGUAUGUAUUAAAAAACGUGCUUUUUAUAACACCCCAUUCAAAAAAUCCUGGUUGCGCAACUGUCCCCAACUAUAAGUGAAUUGAAGUUUUCACUAAAAUAAGAAACUUGAUUAAAUUUGUUUUUAAAUACCUGCAUUAAAAAACUAUAUUACCCAUACAAUAGUAUGUGAUAUGUAAGAAGUACAUGCCAAUAUGUGUUAAACAAUUAUUCAAUACCGAAUUUUAUAUAUCAAAAUAUUGAAUACUCAAAUGUUAAACAAAUCUUGUGCAAAUGUGCUUUGAACCAAAAUGUAAAAAAAAAAAUGUAUUUUCAGAUGUGCCAUCUGUUAUAUAAUUAUUAUGAGUAUGCUUUAGGUAUGGAUAAAGAUAAUACAGUGUACAAAAGUAGGUUGCUAAAAUAAAUGUAAAUUAUUUUAUCAGUUCAAUUAUAUUUAAUUCUAUCAUUAAUUCAUAUAGUAUUUGGUGAUUUUUAUUUUUAGUUAUAGUAAAAUCUUUUUUUUUUUCAGUGAUAUCUCUACUGAAAACUUAAAAUUUUUGACAAUAGAUCAAGCGUUAGGCGACAUAGAAGAAUUCAUUGUUCGCAUCACAUCGGAAUUACGUUUUUUUGAACUAUCCAAGUGGGUGUUAUUCGGAAUGGAUUACACAGGAAUGUUGGCUGCGUUGUCACGAGUAAAUAUUCCAAAUCUCGUACACGCGGUAGUGGCUUCAAGUACCCCAUUGUUGGUUAAAGUAGAUUUUGAAGGUAUGUUAGUACAUUUUGGCAAGAAAAAUUGUUUUCACACAUGACCUAUUCCUCUCUGGCGUAACUGGGAAAAAUCUAUGAGGAAAAAUAAUUUGUUUAACAUUAUCAAUACCCCGAGCUCCCCCCUCAGUUUUAAAAUAUAAUAAAUAAUACUUUUAUUGUCCGUAUUAUAUACAAUAUACCUAAUUGUUUGAGUUUACACAAGUCUUAAAAACUUAUUUAAGAGUUUAAAAUGUAGAUAGAAAACAAUAGUAGAUAGCAGGUACCUUUGCUCCGCACGAAAUUGUUAGGGAAAUAAGUUGUAACGUCCAAAAACGACCGUUUUCCGUUAUCAAAGGACAAUCAUACCUACAAUCGAUAUAGUCGAUCGGUUAAUAGGUGACGCCCACGUCGACGGAUAUGUUAUGUCAUCAUGAACAAUAAUCCCCCCCCCCCUCGCGCAAAGGUUUAUGCGAUCACAAUCUUUCGUUACAAUAAUAUUAUAAUAUUAUAUUUACAAUAAUAUUAUAUUCUUGAUUACGGGUUAACGGCCAAUUAGAUCACGUUUUCCCUUAUCGCCAUAAACGUCGGCCCGCGGCAACGUGUGUUACGAACGUCUCCGCCAUCUAGUUUUUUUUUUUGUUCGUUCCUUUCCUUCUUCGUGUCUAGACCUCGUCUCGAGACUUUGUCACCAGACAGUCUUUCAAUACAGUUUCUUUUACUAAAACACUCGCGUAUUGCACGGAUUCACAUAUUUUGUCAUUAAAAAAAGGUCGUAUACCUUGGCACGUUACCUGAUGGUGCCUCAAACGAAUCGACAAAGUGAGUCCCGAUCUGAUCCGCCCAGCGGACAUCUUCGGGCGAGAUGAAUGGUAAUAUACAUUUAAUUUAAUAAUUGGCCGAUACCCUGUUAGUUAGUUAGUUUUUAAGGUAGUUUAGUUAAGGUCCCCCGUAUAAAUAUUUUGUCAAAAAUGUUUUCUUUUUCUUUCCCUCGUAUGUUAAAUUCGUGUACGAUAUAAUAUGUUAUGUUAAUUACUUCCGUUAUACCUACGGGGAUCAACCAGUGUCUAUUAGGUUUGUGUGUCCGUCUCAUUGUAAUAAUCCUCGCGUUCCACAUCCUAUGUGCGAUAGGCCAAACCCCUCCGCAUUUUGUUUCUUAUUUUUAUCUAUAUUCCCUUUAAGCACUAAGUUUUGCAACCACGUGUGUGUGCGUAUCUAAAAAAGAAUAACUAUAAUAUUGAUCGAUCAUCCCCACCUCGCGAUUCAUAUUCGGACGCACCCCGCCGUUAACCCGUAGGGCCACCACAACCGCGGACCAGUCAUCUUGGAAUAAGAGCGUUCAGCUACCCUUCUCGGUUAUAAUUUGUGUGACCUGGCAAUCUCACAUUCCUGCUGAGGUCUUCCAAAUACACACUGUGUCCACGGAAAUUCCACGUGGAGGUUCGUCUCAAUAAAUACACAUGUCGAUGCACACACGUGAAUGUGAAUUCGUCAUUGUCAAUAACUAUUAAUGACUCCAGGCCUGCACGCUCCCCAUUAUAUCAUUACCUGCGUCCGGACGACAAUUUUUAAGACUGGUUGACCCCCCAGUUGGUACAUAUAUUUUAAAUAUAUGUUGUUUGGAUAUGUGUGUCUAUCAUUUUAUGUAUACAUAUAUGUAAAAUCGUACCUACCAUUCACUUUUUCUCAGUUGACAGUUUUUAUGCCUAUGGGCUUCUGUCACAUAAACGUAACUUUACUUUUAUGUGAUGAUUAAUGAUUUAAUAAAAUAGUUCUUUAUUUUCUCCAAAAAAAAACAUAAGUUUAUUUAUUUAGAUGAAUGUAAUUUUCCCUUUUCCCUCCUAACGAAAAAUCCUAGAACUCCGGUCUUCAGACCUCGGCUCUAGAUUAGCGACCUUGCUCCUAGGCGGGUAGUCAGCUGGAUGCUCGGAAUGGCUCUUAAAAGAAGACCGACUGAACCGGGACGUCUCAGAUGACAACCUUGUCAGGAUCCGUAAUUAAAAUUUUUUUAUUAUGUUAUUAAGACUAUUUCUCUUUUAAUUCCCUUGGCAGUACGAAAAACAGUUCGAUGUUGUUCCGUUGAAAUAGGUACGAUUUAUAAUUUGUUAUUUUUUUUAUUUAGUUUGAAUUGUGUAUAAACACAUACCUAUAUUUUCCCCGUUAUAUAAUAAUUCCACAAUACCGUAAUCACGUGCAUACGUAUAUUUCUCAAAGUUAUCGCACGAGCUAUCGGCCACAAUAUUACUUUCCCAAGAACCUUUUGUUGUUGUUUAAUUAUUUACAGGAAAGUACAGUUCUAUUCUCGUAUUUUUUAAUACGCCGGUACUUUAACGGUCGGCGGAGACAUGAAGCUAAUUAUAGCGGCUAGAUAUAUACUAAUAUGAUCUUUUUCGGCAUUUCUUUAAAAAUUUGAACGAUAAUUUUUUCUACCAUCGAAGAAAAAAAAAUCUUUAAUGAUAAAACUAUAAUUAUUUGCAUAAUCUCCCGUUUUUAAAACAACAAGAAUGAUAAUUAUAAAACCUAAUUAGCUAAUAUCAGUUUAAUAUUUAAUAAACUUGUGAACCUCGAUUUGUAUAGCAUUAUUUUGAGGAAAAAAAAUUGAAACUAUCAUGUAGACCUUAAAUAAUUAAAUUAUAACAUAUUUUAUUUUAAUAGAUUAUAAUAAACAAAUUGAAAAUAUUAUCCAGAAGCAUGACCCAGAAUGCGUUGAAAGAAUAAAAGAUGCUAAUCAAAUAGUAAACGCACUACUUCAGACGCAAAGUGGAGUAGAGAUUCUGGAAUCGAAAUUCAAGUAUUCUAUUAGUUUUAACUACAGUUUAUUCAUGUAAAUAUAUUAAUAUAAUUUAAUAAAUUUAAUAUUUUAGUUUCUGUGACGGUAUAAGUCCGAAUAACCUUAAAGAUAAGGGUGCCUUAUUUUCGAGAUUGGCUUUCAUUUGGAGCGCAAUAGUGCAAUACGAAGACUUGUUACAAGAUUUAUCAAUAGCGAGCUCAUGUGGGACCAUGAAAAAUGACGCUUUUGAAAGAUCGGUAAGUAUAUUUUAAAUUUUAAUCACAGUGUAAGAAUAGAUUUACUAUCAAAUGGAAAAAUCUUUAGGUAAAUAAAUAGAUAUGUAUCUAGAAAUAAACAAACUAUUUAAGAAUUUAAUAACCUCUAAAUUAAUACUUCAACACCAAUCCUAAACUCCCCAUAUUACUUUUCGGUUAUUUAAAACCUUUUAUACAUUAUACAAUAGAUAUCAGCCAAAACAAUUAUAAUAGUAUCAUAACAAUAAUUAGAAAAAAAAAUAAAAACUACUAAGAACAAUAUUUUACUUCAAUGUAUGGUGUAUCUUCAAUUACAUUUUUUUCUCUCUUAGCUAUUUAUUUGGAUAUAUAGGUUUUAACACGAAGAUCUGCCACUUGUAAUAACUUUUGUUCCUAAGCUGGACAAGUUAAUAAUAUUUUUUAACUAAAUUAAGUUGAAUUUUUUUUUUUCGGUUAAAUUAAAAAUUAAGUUAAUAGUUAUUUUGAAUACAUCAAUUAGAUUAGUACCAUAUAAUAGUUACUUACACAAUAUUUUAAUAGUAUUUUUGUGCUUACACUACAAUAACAAUAAUUUUUGUUACAUUCGAUUAUGGACUGCAAAUUUCGAUAACUUGUUCCGAUAAUUAUUUUUGAGAAAAUGUUUAAAAUAUUAUCAAUGAAUAUAUAAUAUAGUCAAUGGUAUUUAAAUAUGGUGUAGACACCUAUUACAUGGUACUAUAUAUUAUGUAGUACUAACCAAUAGUAUUUUGUAGCUGUUGCAACAAAAUAUAUAGCAUAUUAUUAUGGUAAAAUAAUAACAUGUACGUGAUAUAUUUUAUUUAAUAAUAUUUGUUUAAUAUUGAACAUAUUUUCCCGUUUUCUACGAAGUUUUUCUUUUUAUUGGGAAAAUUAAACGCUGAUUUCCCUUAAGUACUUGCCCAGUUAGAUUUACUUUUAGAAAAAUUGCUAUCGUGGUAAAUUGUGUCAAAAUUUCCUGUGGAAAAAUUGGACGGGUGCAGCCGCUGUUGUAGGUGAGAAGUUGUGAAGGUAGGAUACAGAAGGGAAAUUAAUGUAUAUCUGUAAUCAACAAUAAACCAUUGCUAACAAAAAUACAAUUCUGAGUGGAGUUCAGUUGAUAGUGAUACUUUGUCAACAAUAUAUACAUGUCAUAUUAUGAUAAAAUAAUUAAAUAGGCUUCACAUAUUUUCUCUUUAAUAGUAUUUUUUUAAGUUGUACGGAUUUUUUCGUAUUUCCUACGUUUUUCUAGUUUCUCCAUAUUUUGCUCAGUUUUUCACAAUUGGUGACAACACUCUCGAGAAAAUCGAAAAAUAACUUCCCUAAAGCACCACUCCAAGAAAAUUUCCUUUCAAAAAAAGGUCUGCAUCGCAUACAUUGCAAUAAGCUUUUGAAAGAAAAAUCGUUCACAUAAAAAUUAAAAAUGCUUUUUUACAUUUUAGAUUCUGAGUGUAGAGAGGAAUGUAUAGGUUAAAAUGAUUGUUUGCACUUAAGUGGGAAAAAACCUACGAUUUUACCAUAUCAUUAUUUUAAAUUGACACGCAUGACGUUUUUUUACCAAAAAUCGUUCUCAAAUGGAAAAAUAAUGAAGCCCUUUAUUUUUAAUUUUGGAUAAAUAUUCUUAGAGAAUUAUGAAUGUAAGAUAAUAAAAUGAAAAAUAAAAAUUAGUAAACAUAUUAUAGGGCAUCGUAUGUAUCGGAAAUUCUCGGAACAUUUCGAUAACUUCUACGUUAUUUCUGUAAAUUGGAAAUACAACAAUCUCUAUUUCAUAUUUUUGUAGUGUAUGACUGAUUUUUACUUAUUUUAAAAUUCCUUAUUUUAUUUUUUCAACUAUCUAUUGUAAAAGUUAACACUAUCUUUUCGGAAAUUAUCUACUUUUGUAGGGGUUUAAAAUCCCCUCUAUUUUCGUGCUCCAUCAUGUUUUUUUGGGAUACCUAUUGUUUGAUAGCAACUGUGCUUGUUUGGGUUGUGAAAAAGAUCAAUCAUGCUCAAUCGGGUUUCAGCCGAAAUUAUAUUAUCAAUGUAGGAAUUUUCUAAGAGUUUUAAUUCCUAACCUAACCUAUGCAUAUUUAAAAUUUUACUGAAUAGAUUUGAAUUAACAUAAAAUUAAUAAGACACAUACUAUAUACGAGUAUAAUAUAUAAAGUACCUAUAAGUAUACACACAUUGUAUGGUGUAUAUUAUAUAAAUUUGUUUGUUAUGCGUAUUAAUAUUUUACUGUUAUUAAAUUCAUUUUAUUUUCAGAUUGACAGGUACGCUGUAAUUGUAAAUAAGUUCAAUACAAUGCAUAACAUACCGUGUACCAGUUGCAAUUAUAUCGCAGAUAUAAAUGGUGCAAGAAAAACAUCUUGGGAUGCUGAUAUCGCGAAAUUCGGAUGUUAGUAUAACUGUUGAAUAUGAAUUAUUUAUACAUAUAAAUAUAUAUAAUAAUUAUUAAAAAUGCGUAUAAAAAAAAAAGUGAUUAAUUCACACCAUGGAUGUGCCACUAUUAAAGGUAGAAAGUUUGAAAGAUAUGAUACAUAUUAGUAUCAUUGAAAUUAAAUCUGUAUGUAACGAAAAAAUAAAAUAAAACAGGAUUCUGAACCUAGUUCGAUUAAACAUGUUUUAAUAAACUUGAAUUGAUUGAAAGAAGUAUAUUUGCUUUGUUCAGUUGAAAAAAAUUGUAGAUAUUUUAAAUGUUUACAAAAUUUAUUUGAAAAUGGAAGGUUUAUUGCACAUUGCACUUAGUGGGUUGAAAAAAAUUAACAAAAAUUGAGCUUAAUGUAUAAUAGUUUUUAACAGUUAAAAUUGAUAUAGUAUAUGCAAAUGUAAAUACUUUUAUUAGUCUUUUCUAUAAAUUUAGUAAAAUAUUCAAUAUAUUCUGAUGAUGUUUCAGUUAUGUAUAGGGAUUUGAUAUGUACACAUUGAUUUGUUUUUAUAUGUAUUUAUGUUAAAUUGUAUUGGCCAUAUUUAAGAAUUUUAUCAAAGUUCAUCAUAUGGUUUACUUGGUGAUAAAAAAUAAGGUUAACACAUUAAUGCAGUAGUUUUUUUAAAAAGUAUUUUAGUUUCAAAUUUUAAUGGAAAUCGUAAAAAAAUAACAGCAUUUCAAAACAUGUUUGGCGGAGUUCGUUCAGAAUCAUAUUUCAUUAGGAUUGAUUUAUUUAUAUGUAUUGAGUACAGAUAAAAAUUAAUUAACUUUGUGUAUCCUAUCUUUCCUACUUUUCAUUUAUGGUUAGUCGGUACCUUUAUUAGGUAUUAAAAAAAAAAAGAUCUUAUACUCUAACUCUAUACAACCAACUUACUACAGUAUCCCAGUAUCUAUUAUCUAUCUUUGUUUUUAUGUUUUUGUCAAGAACAAUAUAUUUUUUUUACAGAUAGACAAUGGUUUUACCAAAUGUGUACGGAAAUUGGGCUUUUAUUUUCAUCUAAUCAUGAAAAUUUAAUUUUUCAUGAUUAUUUACCUGUAGCAUUUUAUGUUGAUAUGUGUAAGGAUAUUUUUGGACAACAGUAAGUGAAUUUAAUAAAAACUAUAUGUAUUUUAAUAUAUAUAUAUAUAUAAAUACAGGCUCUCCCACGAAGAUAUACUCCAUGAAUACCUCCGGAGAUAAUAAAGAUAACCAAAUUCUGUUUUUCUUUGUAUUACUCACAGAGAAAAGGCUCUGUAUUUAUAUAUUAUUUUUUUUCUUUAAUUAAAAAAAUUAAAAUAUAACUUUUUAUUUUAUAGCUAUUCUGUAAAGAUUAAUUUUCUGAAAAUUUUAAUGUUCCACAUUUAUAUCCGAUAAAUAGUUUCUAAGUAACUAAGUUUUGAACUGAAAACAGAUGUUAUUUACGGUUAUACGGUAUUUCCUAGAUAACAUCAGUUUUCACACGGAUUAGUGGAAUUUAAAACAGCUGUUACUUUGAAGUUUUGAAGAUAUAAAUAUGUGAUACAUUAAAAUGUUAAGAAAAAUAAACUACAGAAUCGCUAUCUUAAAAUUUUCCGAAAAAAAAGUUAUAUUUUUAAUUUUGUUUAAAAAAAAAAUAACAUGAUUUAAAUAUAAAAAAAUAUUAAAUAAAUAUAAAUACUUGUAGACCUCUUUCCUAUGAGCAAUACAAACAAAAUAGAAUUUGGUUGUCUUCAUUAUCUCAGGAGAUAUUCAAGGGUUAUAUCUUUGUGGGACAGCCUGUUAAGUGCCGAGUGAAUACAAAUCUCAAAUAAAUACAAAUUUAAUUAAAUUUAUAAGUUAUUCAAAUAUUAUACAUAAUUAAUACCAUUGAGCUAUUCUUAUAAAAAAAAAAUUGGCUUGGGGGAAAUUCGGCUCUAAUGGCAAAACUCUUUUGCUUACUCGUAGAGACUAGAUUUAUAUUAUAUUCUUGAAAUCGACAAAAAAAGCAUCUGACAAAGUAUAACGUCUUGAAAAAAACUACUUAUAAAAUAUAUAAAAACCCAAAAAUCAUAGAGGAGUUUAGUAGUCCCCCUUAAACGGAUUUAAUUUGAUAAACAAUUUUCAAACACCUCAAAAAUGAUUAAUAAAAGUUAAUUUUUUUUUAUAAUACAUGCAAUUUUAUUGAAAUGAAAUUAUUUUGUAGUGUUGGAAAAUUUGGUUAAAUAGGAACCAAUAGUGGGAUCGGGGGGGGGGGUUGUCUUUUAAACUCCCACAUCAUUUUUAAUUUUUAAAUAUCAGUAAAUGCUUUUUCAAAGAGUUUUUGAUGUUUUAAAGUGCCUUUUCGUGGUUUAUAAAUUAAUAUAAAUCCGGUCUCUGCUUAUGUGUUUUUAUUUAUAAUAAUACUUUUCAUAAUUUUUAAUUCUAACUAUUUAUCAAGGUGAAACUCAACAAAUUUAAGUUGCUUCAUGUUAUUGUACAUUAUACGAAGAAAACAAUGAUACCACUAAAAUUGAUUUGUGUCCCUCUUUGUAAUAGACAAGCAAUUAUGGUUGAUGAUACAUUAAAAAUGUUUACAUUUAAUCUUGUAGUCAGUGGUGUAGUGGGAAGUAGGUGCAUGGAAAACAAAACACAGAAAUUGCUUGGACUUCGAAUCAGACUUGUGGUGCUCUUUAACAGACAUUGAGCCAAACAUAAAAAAAAUUCUACAGAAAAGUGUUGUGCCAGCCUUCACAUUAAUAAAUUGUCAAUUUCAUUAUAUUAUAUUAUGGACUAUUUUACUAUUUUAAUAAAUAUUAUUUUCAAUAAAAUUGAAUUCAUCUCGGAUAUUUUAUAAUUUCUUUGUAAAGAACAUAAAAAAAUGAUAUAUUUUUCAUGUUAUAGAAGGGGGGGCGCGAGAGUUUCGAAAAUCUACAAAGGGAGCGUAGAAUAAAAAAGGUUGGGAACCACUGAUCUAACACAAUGUUUUUUUUUUUAGAUUCAAUUUAAAUACAAUUACACGUGGAGUGUCGCAAACAAAUUUGAUGUUGGCAAACUUGCAAGCGAAUGGGGAUCGCAUGAUAUUUGUCCAGGGGACAGAUGACCCUUGGAGCGUUUUGGAAAUUAAUUAUGUAAAUUUGUUAAACGACAAUGUUGCUGUUAUAAUCAAUGGUAAUAUUUAAAACUAAUUUAGCUUACCAUGUAUAAUUUAAACAAAUAACAUAAUUACUUUGGUAGCUAUAAAAUUAAUUUGUGUCAAAUCUUUCAGGUGGCACCCAUUGUUCGGAUAUGUUUCCACCCAGACCAACAGAUUCGACAAGCUUAAAUGAAGCACGCUUGCUAAUAAUCCAAAAUUUAAACAGAUUACUAGCUUAA